AUGCUUGACAACAUGGACGCCGCCGCUGCCGCCGCCGCCUUUGGCUGCGGCAAGCUGCAGCCGCACCUCGACAAGGCCGACUGCGAGCACACGGCGCGGAUCGGCAUGGCCGGGCAGGGUAUUAACUCCCUGCGCCCCAACGGCAAGGCGUGGAUCGGCUCCGGCGGGCCCAACACCUUCAAGUUCACCAACCGCGCGACGACGCACCCGUCGCCUGUGCCCGUAACGCUCGUGCUCUGGGCGUGGGACCACGACCGCGACUACCAAGCCAUCGUCGUCGUUUUGGUGGCGGACGGCGUGGUCAGCGGCUUUGCAGCGCUCAACAACCACGCGACGGUGCUGAGCGGCGCCGGACUGGUGUACAACACCUGGGGCGAGUUCAACACCGAGGGCGCCGGCACGGUGGACGUGUCGCGCGAGGUCAACGCGCGCGGCAACGCAAUGUCGAUCCGCGCGUCGAACGGCUGCGAGUCCAACAUGGGCAAGUGCGUGUUUGUGUGCAAGAAUGGCGGCGUCGGCCAUUGCGGCGACGCGGGGUCCUAUCAUCUUACCAACUGCGGCCCGGCGAACCGGGCCGCACACGGAUAA